AAAUGAAAAAUCGGGCAAGGCGAGUGACGAAAUGACGACGACCUGUCCGUCAGUCAGUUUUCCGUGGUUUUUCGUCGAUGGGAAUUAAACUCGUUCGCAGUCGAGCCUAAAUCCUUUUCUGUCGUAUUAAUUAAACCGUUUUAAUUCAUAUAAUAUAAGUAAAAUGUCGCGGAGCCGUUUGGCCGCCUUCGAAAGUGCCCCGAGACCCUCUGGCCAGUGGGUCGGGUGAAUUGUAAUAGCGAGGAGCACGGUUGCCACUCAGACCCGAUCCAUAAUACCCUCCAUGAGUGUUUUUAUCGUGAUUUCGAGGCCGAUGACGCCUAAUUAUCAUCGUAAAUUCGGUUUCGGGAAACAUUGAUGGAGUGGUACCUGCCUACAGUGGCCUUCUAUUCCUGACCAGGAAAAAGUGCUUCAAUUCAACUGUUUCACUUAUUAUCCAUACAAACAAAAAAAAAAAACAGAUUGAAAAACAUUAAUUGUGAAAAACCCUUUGUGUAUCAAACGCGCCUCCCCACCAGAUGAUGUCAGUUUUUUAUAAAUUUUUUACAUAAAAGAUGCACGGAUUUAUUGAUGCCUAAAUGAUGUGUCACCGAGGCCUGCCAUAGUUAUAUAUCAGCGGAGGAAAAUUAAAUAAUUUGGCCCCAGUGACAACAGUUUAGAGGAUAAGAUGGCGGAUCUGGAGGCGGUGCUGGCCGAUGUCAGCUACCUUAUGGCCAUGGAGAAGAGCAAGUGUACGCCUGCGGCCAGGGCUAGUAAAAAGAUCGUGUUACCAGAUCCAAGUGUACGCAGUGUGAUGCACAAGUACCUAGAAAAGAAAAAUGAGGUGUCCUUUGAUAAGAUCUUCCAUCAAACGUUAGGGUAUUUACUGUUUAAGGAGUUCUGCGAAAACAUGGAACCUCCGUCACCCCAGAUCGGUUUCUAUGAAAAGAUUAAGGAAUAUUCCAAAUUGGAAUCCCAUGAGGACCGAAAGGAGAAAGCCAAAGAAAUCUACGAUAAGUUCAUAAUGAAGGAACUGUUAGCUCAAACUCAUGAAUAUUCGGAGGAGUGUCUUCAGCACGUGCAGCAGCACCUAAUGAGGCAAGAAGUUCCGGUAACCCUAUUUGAGCCAUACAUAGAAGAAAUUUACAGCAUACUUAGGGAAGAACCGUUUAAGCAAUUUUUAAAAAGUGAUAAAUAUACUAGAUUUUUACAAUGGAAGAGCUUAGAAUUAAAUAUUAAGUUAUCCAUGAACGACUUCAGCGUGCACCGUAUUAUCGGCAGAGGAGGCUUCGGAGAAGUUUACGGUUGCCGUAAAGCGGACACGGGGAAAAUGUACGCGAUGAAAUGUCUGGAUAAGAAACGGAUAAAAAUGAAACAGGGCGAGACCCUCGCGCUAAACGAGCGCAUCAUGUUAAGUCUGGUAUCUACCGGGCAGGUAAGAAAUGACUGUCCUUUCAUAGUGUGCAUGACCUACGCCUUCCAUACCCCCGAUAAACUGUGCUUCAUAUUGGACUUAAUGAACGGCGGAGAUUUGCAUUAUCAUUUGAGUCAGCACGGAGUGUUCGCCGAGCAAGAGAUGCGAUUUUAUGCCGCCGAGGUUAUAUUAGGCCUAGAACAUAUGCAUAGGAGAUAUAUCGUAUAUAGGGACCUAAAGCCGGCCAAUAUUUUAUUGGACGAGCACGGUCACGUGCGGAUUUCCGAUCUGGGAUUAGCCUGUGAUUUUAGUAAGAAGAAACCGCACGCCAGCGUCGGCACGCACGGGUAUAUGGCACCGGAGGUUUUGUCUAAGGGUACCCCGUACGACUCGUCAGCGGACUGGUUCAGUUUCGGCUGUAUGCUGUACAAAUUGCUCAAAGGCCACUCGCCAUUUCGCCAGCACAAGACAAAAGACAAACACGAAAUCGACCGGAUGACCCUCACGAUGAACGUCGAAUUGCCGGACUCGUUUUCCAGAGACCUCAAGUCCCUGUUAGAGGGACUAUUACAGAGGGACGUGGAUAAACGGUUAGGUUGUAGGGGCACGGGCUCGGAAGAGGUGAAGGCUCAUCCGUUCUUCGCCGGUUUAGACUGGGGGCAGGUGUACAACCAGAAGUACACGCCCCCCCUGGUGCCCCCGAGGGGCGAAGUGAACGCCGCGGAUGCGUUCGACAUCGGAUCUUUCGACGAGGAGGAUACCAAAGGUAUUAAGCUGACCGAGGCGGAUCAAGAGUUAUAUAAAAACUUCCCCCUGGUGAUAUCGGAACGGUGGCAAAACGAGGUGGCCGAGACCGUUUUCGAGUCGGUGAAUCAAGAGGCCGAUAAAAACGAGAGAAAGAAAACCAAGCAAAAGAAACCGUACGACGACGAAAGAGAAUCCGAUUGCAUUUUGCACGGCUACAUUAAGAGGUUGGGCGGGCCCUGGUCGGCCUCCUGGCAAAUCAGAUACGCCAAACUAUAUCCCAAUAGGCUAGAAUUAUAUCCGGAGGGUUCGAAACCCGAAAUGGUACUAAUGGAUCAAAUAGAAGAGGUCCUGACGGAUUUGCAGAGCGUUAAGAACGAGAGUUGUAUAGUUUUAAGGAUGCACGCCCUAAAAGAGGGCAAAAAAGAGAAAAUAACCCUGACGAACCCGGACGAAAUCGGUCUAAAAGAGUGGCUGCAAUCGUUAAAGGCCACCCAUAAAAAGAGUCAAGAGUUGUUGGCCUCGAUGACUGGAAAAGUGGGGAAGAUUUACGGUACCGACAGUACGAAUAAUAAGAACAGUUUGCCGACCAUUAUACCGGCGAGGAACGCAAACGGUAACUGAGAUAAGUCCUAUCUACGGGCUGUCGCACACACCGUAGAACCGCACUGUCUAAUGAUGUUGGAAUAAUAUGUUCUGUGCUAUCAUCGGAUGUAAACGGACACACUGAAGCGGAAUAGGAAGGUGAAAGAGUAUUCUGGGCUGGCCAGGGGCAGCUGUUGCGGAUAAAAUAAUCAAACACUCUCAGUAUUUUUUCUUUUGUAGGUUGAUCAUUUUCUUAUGUCUCUUAAAUAUUUUGUGCCAAAUAUUAGUGACGGAAUGCUUGUAUGGACGGUUCUGGAAAGGCGAGAAUGAAACCCACCAAAGUGUUUAUGGUAUUUAUAGAAUUCGUCACUUCCACUUUUCUGAAAUCAGUAAAACGGGCCAUUUUCUGCCAUUGAAAGGGUCGUCCAUCAAAUAGAAUCUUAAGCAUAUUUAUCGGGCAUAAGAAAUACCUUACAUUGCGCUAAAACUCUCUCUCUCUGUACAGUAUAAUUUUCUUUAAAAAAAAAAUUAAAUGUGCCAUUAAGUUCGUUUCUGCUUCACUUUAGGCAGGAGGAAAGGCAUGAAAUAGAUGAAUAAUUUAGUGGAAACUACUUCCCCCUUGAAAUUACUAAUAAGAUGCAUACCUAGGGUAGUAAAGCGAUGACUGUUUUUAUUAUUUUUUUUUCAUGACAAUUUUGUCAGUAUUUGUAGUUUUUUUUUUUCUAACGGACAUUUUACACAUCCAAGGGGUUUGUGUAACGACGUGGUGCCAAACAGGUAUUCUAGUCACUCAUUAUUUUUAAAUAACUACAAACACCUGGAUGUGUGCGGUGUCAUAAACCCAACAUUUGUAAUUAUAGUGUAUUUAUUAAUUUAUAACUAAUUGUACUGUAAAAAUGAUAAAUAUUUAUUUAAUUGUCGCUAUGUAAACAUAUUUAAACAGUAUUUCAAUCUUUUAUACGACAUUUGUUUAUCUAUGCACAUUUUAAGUUCUCUAAAAGCUUCUUUUAAGUGUGGAAUACUGUCUUGUCUUUUACACCAUCACAUCUUCAUGACCAUUUCCUUGUAUUUUGUUUUUAAAUACUUUGCAAGCCUGAAAUUUUAUUUUUAUUAUAAGUUCGUAUUCGUUGCAUAAAAAAUCACUCGAGUGUCGGUCGUACUUUUCAGGUGCCUUGUAUAUGAAAACAAUGCGUGAAACGUAAAACCACCUUUUGUCUCUGUAAAUACUAAAUUAAAACGUUUUUUCAAUGGUUUUUUUAUUAUGUACUUUUUUAAGUUGUAUAACGAUAAAAUUAGGCUAAAUCUAGUCAAAAAAACAUUGCAUACGUUUUACCGUAAUUAGAUAAGAAUAAAAAAAGUAUUUUAGUCCAAAA